GGCAGUUUAGUAGGAGGCAUAGACUAUAGAGCAGCGGCAGCGUGCUUCGUAAACGCAAAUCCAUUGCCGCGCUUUGUGGUCGUCAAACGCGGGAAAAAAUAUACAAAAACUUUUAAAAUAAUUGUAUUAUUUUAAGUAGUUAAACCAGCCUUUACAAUAAUAUAAAACCAUUAAAGCAUUAUGCGGUAGUGCAGUGAUAUUUUAAUGGGAUGCAGUGAUUUUGUGUGGAGUUAUACUUAGUCAGCCAUGGGCGCGGGCGGGUCAGCCGCUACGGCACGCGGGGGCGAGCUGCGUCUGCCGGGCGCAGGGCUGCGGUUCAGCGCCGCGCAGCUGCAGCAUUCCACCCAGUACCUGCUCCAGCUGCAGCAGGAGGACCGGAGAGGUCGCAUGUCAACCGACACGGAGAGCACGAUGGAGAGCCUGGUGCAGCGCAUCGUGGACGGCGCCGGGCAGAAGGACGCCCGCUUCCGCUGCUGCCACAUGCUCGCGCUGCAUCGGGACAAGAAGAUGCGCUCCCGCUCGCUAGAAUACCUCGUAACCCUGGACGCCCUGCCCCCCCUGAACUCCGGGGCUGAAGACAUCGAGGUGCAAGAAGGGCCGGUGGGGUACGCCAAGAUCCGCCUGUCAGGGAGACUGGCUGAUCAGUGGGAGGAGUUCCUCACGCCUAAUGGGUAUCUGUGCAGAGACGCGCUGGUGUCACGCUGGGUGGAGCUGAUCGCGAGCUGCGCGCACGCCCGUGGCGGGGGCUCCUCCAGGGUGCUGGGGGCCAGGCACACGCCACCCGACCCUGGAGCUUACUGCUAUGUGGAGAAAGUAUCCCCGCCAUCGCCCCCAGAGCAGCGCCUGGCCAUCGUUGAGGGGGCGGCGUGGGUGAUGGUGCGCGCGGGGGGCGGCGCCGCGGAGGCCAAGCUGGUGUUAGCUGUGCGGGGGCGCGGGUGCGUCGCGCGAGUUGCCGCCCCCUUGACGCACGCGCUGGCUAGCGUGCAUUACGAGGCUGCGCAGACUGGUUUCUACUGCUGCGCCAUCGGCCCUCCCUCCACGACAGUCUGCUCUGAACGGCCUGCCACGUGGCAGAAGUGGGCGCCGGGGCUGGACGCGGCUCUGGACGCGCACUGCUCCGACGACGGCGCCGCGGGCAGGGUGGCUGCUGCGUUGAAUGCCCUGGUGGACCGACUGAGGGAGGGGGUGCCUGAGGGCUCCCUCCUCCUCGUGAGUCGCUACAUGGUGAGCUGCGCGCUCCGCCGGCGCGUGUACCGCAGCGGCCUCGCCGCCACAGCCGCCGCCCGGGCGCUGGUGACGUCACUCGCUCCACACGCCUUCCUGCUGACUCUUGAUGACCUCAUCUCAGUCUGCCUCGGCCACCAGCCCUCAGGGUUCGCGCUAGAGGUGCCCCGCGGGAGCCUCAGCCGGCGCGCGCUGCGCGGGGCCGCCGCGGACUGGGCGCGGGACGCCGCUUGCUUGCAACAGACGUUGAAGGGACUGUGGGCUAGGGGGCAGCAAGCCACAGAAGUCCCCCCGACCCCCUCGGAAACCCUCGAGAUGAUGCUGUUCAAGCGUUGGGAGAACCUCCUUAGAGAAGUGAAGAGCUCCCACGGCAGCACACCUUCCUACAGCCGGAGACAACUGGCCUACCUGAGCCGCCUGGCGCGCGCGCUGAUGAAGUGCAAGAGUAUGGCUAUUUGUGAAAACCACAGCACCUUCCGUGCAAACCUCAUCCAAGCGACAUCCAUCGACCAGGAACCGAUCGAAGACCUCAUCCACAUCCUCGCCAUCAUCCUAGACCAAGCCAGGGACUUAUACCUACAGAACAACGUCCCUCAGUCAACCAACGGGGAGUUCAGCCGAGAAUUCGCCACAUACAGAUCCAAGAAAUGGAACAAACUUAAGGAUUACUACGAUGCAUCAUCGGCCUGUCUCAUAGACGCUUUGAGAAGAGACAAAGAUGUGAGGACAGAAGACCUAAAAGACGAUUGCGUUAUGAUGAAGUUAAUAUUGACUUGGUUGUACAAAGGGGCGAAAGAAGACAAGAAAUACCUAGGUCCAGUGCUCAAGCCGUAUUUAGAUCAGCUCUACACAAGCUCGUUAGAAAACUCCUGGUUUAUGGAGGAUUUGGAUGAGAGGAAAUGUAAGAAGGAGUUUGAUGGUUUAGCAGAGUUUUGUAGGAGUGUCCAUGAGGAGGAUAUAGACCCGUGUGUGGCGUUGUUGGAUGCAGCCAAGAAGAUGACCUGGGCGAAGGCUUUGGUGGACUUCGCUGAUCGGUUUAGACACGUUGAGCUCCGCCUAGUCUUCCCAACUGGCGACGGUAUGGCGGUCUCGUUCCCGCUCAAGCUGCCGUCGCGUCGCUCCCACUCGGCCGCCAGAGCCCUGACGCUCAGCCGACGAGACAAAGCCGAGGCCAAGCUGCGGCUGGCCCGGCGGUGCGUGCUGGCUGCUUUCAAUAAUGCCAUGCUUGGGGAGAGACGACCACAACCGCGCGAGCUUGCGCGCUACAGCAGCACGGAUGAGAUACUAGAGAGCGCCAAGUGCGGGCAAUACUGGCGGAGCGACGCCAAGCCCGACAUCAUACCAGCCAACAGCCAGGAGUUCUCUUCUACGGAGCACUUGCCCAGGGUAGUAAGACGACGUAGCCGCCGUCGCCGCCCGGCAACCAGCUACGGCUUCCCUGAAAUCACCAUCACCAGCCAAUCCGACCCUCAAACCUUACGCCGCAAGUACCACACUCUCAGGACCCUCGUGUAUACCGAGCCUAUAGAGAGUGUGAAGGAGAUGCGGAGGCCAAGGUCUGCUGGUUCAUCGGUCAGAGCCAAGGAAAUGAGCAGGCCCAGUUUGUUGGAGACUCUGGACUUUAUCAAUGGGGUUAAGGACGCUCUGUGUGUGGAAGACUCCUGCACAUCAGACGUGGAAGACGCGCCCUGGUCAGCGCACACGGACUGGAUCCUCGCUCAGAGUCAGCCGCUGACGGUGCUGAGCCGACUGUCCGCGGCGCAACUGCCGCACCUCAUGCCGGGGGACCUGGUGGCCGCGCUGCUGAGGAGGGGGAACUUUACUGUGCUGCAAGAGCUGUGCCCGUGGCUGUGGGAGUCCAGCGAGGGCGCGCUGUUCUCGCUGCACCGGCUGGCCCGCGCCGCGCGCUCCAGGAGCAGCGAGAGACCUAGCAACGCAUGGAAGCUUCCAGAAGCCACCAUGACCACUGAACCCGAGCAGCGGUACCGCGCCCGAGCCCCCGACUACACGUCGGCAGACGAGGCGCCGCAGCCGCCGCCGCUGCCGAGGAUCGCUUCUAGGAAACUGGUAACCCAGAAGAUACAAGCAGACUUCACUCCACCCAAACGCCUGCAAGAACUAGAAAACCACCUGAAACAUUUAGAAAUCAUGAACGAAAAACUCAACCUACCUCAAAGCCUCACCAAAACCUACCAAAGCUCCAACAAGCUUAACGAAAAUUGUACUGGAAUCAUUAAUCCCUUGUAUGACGUCAAAAUACCCAAAGAUAAAUUCACAACCAAAAGAUCUAAGUCUUUAGGACGUAGUUUUAGUGCUAGAAAAGUAGGUCUAGAAGUUUCUAGAUACAACAUAACUCUAGGUCGUAGAAGUGGCAAAACGACCAAUGAUGUUGUCACGGCCAUUUCUGGCACCACAGAUGAGACAGGGUUGGAUGGUAAAAGAAAUUUCUUCCAGAGAUACACCAGUACUGCCAGUGUGGUAGGAGAUUCGUAUAAGGUUAGUCGUGUUACUAUAGACUAGCGUAGCGUUGACUGUAGUAUGUAGUACCAAAGUAUUAAGUAUAUAAAUAUUAUAACAAAAAGUACUUACUUAGGUAUAAUACAAUUAUGUUAUUACUGCAAUACCAAAGUCAAACGCCCAAAGCAGAGAAUAAAGAAGUAUAACCUAUCACAAUCUAUUUUAGAAAAAAAAUAUGUAACUGAUACGUAACCCUGAAUAUAUUUUUUAAAUUAUUUGUAGGUAAAGUUAAAUGUUAUUAAAUGCAAACUAAAACGUGUGUGUGUGAUCAAUAAAUUGCGUUCAUUGU